AUGACCACGCCCAGUUCGCAAUCCUAUUCCCACCCACUACUGCUGCUGUUGUUGCCAGUAAUCCAACUAGUCAUCCUCGCCGCCGCGGUUGAGCAGCAGCAAGGUUGCCGUGACAAGUGCGGCGACAUCAGCAUCCCCUUCCCUUUCGGCAUUGGCCCCGGCUGCUUCCGCCAUUGCUUCGAGGUCUUGUGCAAGGACUCCUCCUAUCCCCCUCGCGCCUUCCUUGAUGGUGAAAGUAGAAUAAUCAGGAUGUCGUCAUCGCCGCUCGACUCCCACAACGGUAGCGAUUGGUCCUUCUGGUUGAUCGAGCUUGUGAGCAUAUCAGUCGCCACAAGCAAGGCACGGGUGUACGCCCCGGUGUCGUACCUCUGCAGCACAAAUCUCAACAGGACCUUCUCCGUGGUCCACACUAUUGACUUCCGCAACACCCUGUUCACCGUGUCGGCAACGCGUAAUAUUCUCGUCGGCGUCGGCUGGAUAGCCGAUGCUUUCGUGACUUUCAUCUACGUUCCGCUGAGGUGGCCGUUUACAGUCAUGUUCCCUUGCAGUGCUCGUGCACGAAAUCUUUUGCCAAGGGUGACCCCGACCAACGGGUCGUGCACGGGGAGGGGCUGCUGCGAGACAACCAUCACGCCGGACAACAACCUAGGCAGUUUGUUAAGCUUUUCGAUUAAUGGUGAGGUCCCCAACAAGCGGUGGGAAGACUAUCCGUGCUCCUAUGCCAUGCUGGUGGACAAGUCAUGGUACAACUUGUCUACACCAGACAUGGGCAAUAGGACGCUACUUAAGAGGUUCCCCCGGGGCGUCCAAAUCGCGCUCGAUUUCGCCGCCGGGAACACUUCGUGUCCGGCCAAGGGACAGCCACCCCCUCCGGACUACGCCUGCAUCAGCGGCAACAGCUCUUGCGCCAACUCAACACAUACUCCUGGCUAUAUCUGCAAGUGCUGGGACCAUUACGCUGGCAACCCUUACGUCACUCACGGAUGCCAAGAUAUUGAUGAAUGCAAGCUCCCGCAUGUGUAUCGCUGCUCAAAUGAUGGGAUCUGCAAAAACAGGCUCGGAGGUUAUGACUGUCCGUGCAAGUUCGGAAUGAAAGGCGACGGCAAAGCGGGAACCUGCUCAGAUAUAUUCACUCCAGCGGCCAAGGCGGCUGUGGGUGCCAUUGGCGGUAUUCUUCUCAUGGCUGUUCUAUCAUUUCUUAUUAUUCUUCACAAAGAGAAAAAGAAGACGAAAGAAUUCUACAAAAAGAAUGGUGGCCCUACAUUAGAGAAGGCAGAUGUCAUUAAACUUUUCAAAAAGGGGGAGCUCAAGCCAAUUUUGAGGAGUAGUAACUUAAUUGGAAAAGGUUACUUUGGUGAAGUUUACAAGGGCCUUCUUGACAAUAAAUUAGUUGCAAUA